AUGACACAGGCUUUGAAGCGUACAGGUGAAAUAGAAGGCGAGCAUUUGGAAAAGAAGCUGAAAACGCAGUCUUUUGAUCAUUCGGCUGCCAGUCAGCCUGUAUCCACUAUUGAAAUCAUCCCUACUGAUAGAUACACCAAACGUAUAUCUCCAGGAUAUAAAUCGUCUCAUGUGCCAAUAACGAAGGGGAAGGAGAAUCCUACGGAAUUUGAGCAGGAGCUGAGCUUUAUGGAACAUGACACAGCAUCUUUGCAGGAGCGGAACCAGCAGUGUAUGUGGUCACGUGAACUUCUGCCUGCUAACUUCUCAGCUAGUACGCAUGAUAUAGUAUUCCAGCAGCUGGAGGCAGAGCAAGCGACUUUAUCAGAUGAUUCAAAUGGAAGAGAUGCUGCAAUUGUGAGGUUUUUUGGUGUUACGGAGAACGGUAACUCUGUGUUGUGUAAUGUCACAGGGUUUAAACAUUAUAUGUAUGUACCAGCACCAAUAGGGUUUGAUGUAAAAAGGGAUACUAUUGUGCUGAAGAACUUCCUGAAUGAAAAGUUCAACGGAAUUGUGUUUUCCAUUGAUGUAAUGAAUAAACAAAGUAUCUGGGGUUACUCGGGUAGUAAUCAUUUGCCAUACCUGAAGAUUUCAGUGACGGAUCCUGCCGGCAUUAACAAGGUCAGGACUGCAUUUGAGCAGGGACAUGUGAAUGCUAAGGAUGCCUGGUAUGAGGGAGGUACUACUACAUACGAUAACAUUGCAUAUACCCUUAGGUUGAUGAUCGAUUGUGGAAUUGUAGGUAUGUCAUGGCUAACCCUACCUAAAGGAAAGUAUAAGAUGGUUGCAGAGCAGAAUAAGGUAUCUACAUGUCAGCUAGAAGUAUCUAUUGAUUACAAAGACUUAAUUGCGCACCCUGCGGACAUUAAUUGGUCUCACAGUGCCCCAUUACGUAUUUUAUCGUUUGAUAUUGAAUGUGCGGGUAGGGUUGGCGUUUUUCCAGAGGCGCAGAUUGAUCCAGUGAUUCAAAUUGCGAACGUAGUCAGUAUUGCAGGUUCUUCAAGACCAUUUGUUCGUAAUGUAUUCACCGUCAAUACCUGUUUGCCAAUUACUGGUUCUCAAAUAUUUGAGCAUGAAACUGAGGCAGAAAUGUUGCAAGCUUGGCGCGACUUCGUUGUUGAAGUUGAUCCGGAUGUCAUUAUCGGUUAUAACACGACUAAUUUCGAUAUUCCAUAUCUAAUUGAUCGUGCAGCUGCAUUAAAUGUUCAGAACUUCCCCUAUUUUAGUAGGUUACCAAAUACAAAGCAGGUCGUAAAGGACACAGUCUUUUCUUCUAAGGCAUAUGGUACUAGAGAAUCAAAAUCUAUAAACAUCAAUGGUCGCCUCCAGCUGGACUUGCUUCAAUUUGUGCGUCGUGAGUACCAACUCAGAUCGUACACAUUAAACUCAGUUUCUGCUCACUUUCUGGGUGAACAAAAGGAAGAUGUGCAUUAUUCAAUAAUUGCAACUUUAUACAAAGGCGAUAGUGAGACCAGGCGUAGACUGGCGGUAUAUUGUUUGAAGGAUGCAUAUUUGCCACUGCGAUUAUUGGAAAAGUUAAUGGCACUGGUUAAUUAUACCGAAAUGUCGAGAGUGACUGGUGUACCUUUCUCAUACCUAAUUACUCGUGGUCAACAAAUUAAAGUUAUAUCACAGUUAUUCCGUAAGUGUUUCCAAAUAGACACUAUAAUCCCAAAUAUGCAUACAAAUCCAUCUGAUGAGCAGUAUCAGGGAGCUACCGUUAUUGAACCUAAGAGAGGAUACUAUGAUGUACCAAUUGCAACGCUGGAUUUCAACUCUUUGUAUCCGUCAAUUAUGAUGGCGCACAAUUUAUGUUACACUACUUUGUGUAAUAAAAGUACUGUGGAUCGUUUGGGUUUAAAGCUCGACGAAGAUUACAUUAUCACACCGAAUGGUGAUUAUUUUGUUACACCUAAACUUAAGCGUGGACUUUUACCUAUCAUUCUAGAAGAACUUAUCAGUGCAAGGAAAAGGGCAAAGGCUGAUCUGAAGAAAGAAACUGAUAGCUUCAAAAAAGAUGUUCUUAACGGUAGACAGUUAGCGCUUAAAAUCUCUGCAAACUCUGUUUAUGGUUUCACAGGUGCAACAGUUGGUAAGUUGCCAUGUCUUGCCAUAUCUUCUUCUGUUACUUCCUUUGGUAGAGAAAUGAUUGAGAUGACUAAAAAAGCUGUAGAAGAGAAAUACUGUAUAAAGAAUGGGUUCAAGUAUGAUUCUGUUGUUGUUUAUGGAGAUACUGAUUCCGUAAUGGUAAAAUUUGGUUCGAGUGAUCUCAGCGAGGUUAUGAAGUAUGGUGCAGAAGCAGCUGCAUAUGUUUCGUCACUUUUUAAACAUCCCAUUAACCUAGAGUUCGAGAAGGCAUACUUUCCUUAUUUAUUAAUCAAUAAGAAACGAUAUGCAGGAUUAUAUUGGACAAGGCCAGACAAAUAUGAUAAAUUAGACCAAAAGGGAUUAGCUUCUGUUCGUCGUGAUUCAUGUCCUCUUGUUUCCAUUGUUAUGAAUAAAGUAUUGAAAAUGAUUCUGAUUGACAGAAAUGUACCAGGAGCACUGGAAUUCGUUGGCAACACCAUUGAUGAAAUACUGCAAAAUAAAGCUGAUAUAUCAAAAUUGAUUAUUUCAAAGACACUAGCUCCCAGUUACACUAACUCUCAACCACAUGCCAUUUUAGCUGAGAGAAUGAAGAAAAGGGAUGGUGUUGGACCAAAUGUAGGUGAUAGGGUAGAUUACGUUGUAAUUGGUGGUAACGAUAAAUUAUACAACAGAGCUGAGAAUCCUUUAUAUGUUUUAGAGAAUAAUAUCCAGAUAGACUCGAAAUAUUAUUUGACUACUCAGUUACAGAACCCAAUUAUCAGUAUAAUUGCUCCAAUUAUAGGUGAAAAGCAGGCAAAUGCAAUGUUUGUCGUAAAAUCUAUUAAAAUAUCCACAGGAAACCAAAAGGGUGGUUUAAUGGGCUACAUUAAGAAGGUUCAAACAUGUAAGGGUUGCAAACAACCACUUAAGAAAGGCGACGGUCCACUAUGUCAUAACUGUGUUGGUAGAUCGGGUGAACUUUAUGUGAAGGCGCUAAGCGAAGUUCAUAAUUUAGAAACAAUGUUUGCUAGGUUAUGGACUCAAUGUCAAAGGUGUUCAGGCAGUUUGCAUAAUGAAGUUUUAUGUUCUAACCAGAGCUGUGAUAUUUUCUAUAUGAGAGUUAAGGCAAAAAAGGAGCUCCAAGAGAAAAUUGAACAACUAAGUAAAUGGUAA